GUUUUCUUCCACAUCCUCGUUUACAGACCUCCAGGUGGCGUGUCGCACGCUCCUCACAUACUACGGUAACCUAAUUUCCCACCAUUCAAAGGAAACACCCCUGCCUGAAAUCAAAAACAAGAACGCGACGGCCAACGCCCUUUCCAAAGGCGCAUCACCAUGGCCUCGAACGACGACCUCAAGGCCCACGCGGCCUCAACCGAAGACUUCUACGGCCUUCUCGAUAUCUCACCUGCGGCUGCAGAGUCUGAAAUUCGUCGCGCCUACCGUCGAACAGCACUGAAGUACCACCCGGAUAAAAUUGCGAACCCCACCCCGGCAGAUAUCGACAAGUUCCACGUCCUACAAAUCGCCUACGAUGUGCUAUCCGACCCCUCGGUGCGACAGCUCUACGAUAAUGCGCGUGAGGCGCGCGAACGCAAGAAGCGCGAAAGGGAUAUGAUGGAUGCGGCGAAGAGGAAGAUGAGGGAAGAUUUGGAGGCCAGGGAGCGUGCUGGUGCUGCGGCGAUGGGUGGCGCAGUGCCACGGGGUGUGAAGCGGCCAUGGAUGGGCGCUGAUGCUGGUGGUGACGAUGCUGAAGCCAAGUUGCAGAGAGAGAUCGACCGGAUUGCAGAGGAUGGGCGUCGACGACGACGCGAGGCGGAGGAACGGUUGAAACAAGAAAUGGAAGAGGAGGAGAAGUUGAUGCGUCAGGAGGAAGAGGAGGCACAACGCGCGGCAGACAGGAGCAGCCAGAAGGUCGACCGCUCGAAGGAGGGCGGUGCAAAUGUACCAGAGCUAGAACGGGGUGUGAAGGUGCGUUGGGUUCGUGAAGGACGCGGUUCAGACCUGGACAAAGACCGUUUGAUGUCCCUGUUCGCUCCAUUCGGCAACAUCGAGAAUGUCCUGCUGCUGAAGGACAAGCGACAACGUCUCGGUGAUAGUCGCGAAAAGAAGACGGUCGCGACAGGUGUGGUGAUCUUCGCCUCCAUCGUCAGUGCCCACUCUGCUGUCCUGGACAGUGAGAAAAAGAUCCAUCAGAGCACUGGACAAGCAGACAGCGACUGGUCUGCUAUCGAAUCGGUCUUUUGGGCGUCAGGUAACCAACCCGACCUGAACGCGGAAGCCAACGGCCACUAUACCACCACACCUUCAGAGCAACAAGCCAAGUCUCAAGAGCCAGCUCCUUCCGCCGCCCCAUCAAAACCAUCCUUCAAUUUCCCGGGUCUGAAAUCUGCAUCGUCUGGAGCUGCCGGCAAACAACCUGGAAAAGCGCCGUCCUUCGGCUCCUUUGCUUCCGCAGCAGCAGCAAAGUCAGGAAAACCUGCGCCUGCUGGCCCCAAUGGCUCGAGUACUCUGAGCUUGGAGGAAGUAACAUUGAUGCGAUUGAAGAACGCUCAGCGUGAGAAGGAACGCAAAGCUCUCGAAGAACAGCUCAGAAAAGAAGACGAGGCUGCAGAUGCCGCAGAGGCUGCAGCGGCCGAAGCCAAGGUGUAGUCGCUUUGGGCAUCAUUUGGGGAGAUUUGGCCGAAAAAGCACUAGAUUUUGAGUCAUGUAUUCAUAGACAAUUUUAUAGCAUAGAUACCCUCGCAUUUCAU